AUGGCCGUCACAUCCACUAUCAGUUCUUAUUCAUUUUUCUUCAGAGCUUGCUUCUUCUUUCACUCUGUUUUCACUUCCCUCUUAGUUGGUUUCUAUCUAUCUAUCUAUCUAUCUAUCUAUCUAUCUAUCCCUCUCUCUCUAUAUAUAUAUUUAUAUUUUUCUCAUCUUUUCCGUGCUAUCCAACGAGGAAGAUAUUUCUCUCAGUCGUUUGUGUUCUAUCUAAUUUCAUUUUAUCUAUCUAUCUAUCUAUUUAUCUAUCUAUCUCUCUAUCUCUCUAUCUGUUUCAGCGUGAUAUCUAUCUCUCCAACUUUCUAUCUCUCUAUCUAUGUCAUUUUUUUCUUAUCUAUCUAUCUUAGUCUGUUCAUAUCUAUCCCAGGGUGUACAUAUCUAUCUAUCUAUCUAUCUAUCUAUCUAUCUAUCUAUCUAUCUAUCUAUCUAUCAAUUUCAGUUGCUUGUAUCUCUCUGUAUAUCAAUCUAUCUAUUUCAGUUUUUUCUUAUUUAUCUGUCUAUCCCGAUCUGUUUCUUUCUUUCUCUGUCCAUGUUUAUCUAUCUAUCUAUCUAUCUAUCUAUCUAUCUAUCUAUCUAUCUAUCGAUCUAUCUAUCUCAGUUGGUUCAUCAAGUAUCAAGCUCAGACUAUCUAUCUAUCUAUCUAUCUAUCUAUCUAUCUAUCUAUCUCAGUUGGUUCAUCAAGUAUCAAGCUCAGACUAUCUAUCUAUCUAUCUAUCUAUCUAUCUAUCUAUCUAUCUAUCUAUCUCAGUUGGUUCAUCAAGUACCAUCUCAGACUAUCUAUCUAUCUAUCUCAGUUGGUUCAUCAAGUAUCAAGCUCAGACUAUCUAUAUAUCUAUCUAUCUAUCUAUCUAUCUAUCUCAGUUGGUUCAUCAAGUAUCAAGCUCAGACUAUCUAUCUAUCUAUCUAUCUAUCUAUCUCAGUUGGUUCAUCAAGUAUCAAGCUCAGACUAUCUAUAUCUAUCUAUCUAUCUAUCUAUCUAUCUAUCUCAGUUGGUUCAUCAAGUAUCAAGCUCAGACUAUCUAUCUAUCUAUCUAUCUAUCUAUCUCAGUUGGUUCAUCAAGUACCAUCUCAGACUAUCUAUCUAUCUAUCUCAAGACGCCAAGAGUUUUUCAUCUCUUUUCUCUUUCCUUCAUUCAUCUCUUUGUUCUUCAUCUCUUUUUCCUUCCUCCCUUUCUCUCUUCCUUUUCUUACAUUUUUACUAUAUUUUCCCUUUCUUCUUCUGAAUAUCAUUUUUUUUCUACGUCUUUUCUUCUUCCAUUUCCUAUUUUUCUUUUUCUUCUGCGUUUCCAUUUCUUCUUUAUUUCUUUCCUUUUUCUCGUUUCCCAUCUUUCCCACUUUGCCAUUUUCACUUCCUUCUUCUUUUUCUUCCUUUUUUUCUUCAUCUAUUUCUUCUCUUUCCUUUCUUUCAUUCAUUCUUGGGACUUUUCGCUUUUCAUUUCACUUGCCGGGACCUUCUGA